AUGGAUCAGCAGCAUACAGACAUAUCACGUCCCUCACCGGGAAAUGACAUCGACAAAGCAGUCGCAGCAGCCGAAAAGGCUCUGCCAGGAUGGGCUAGGCUGCCUGCUCGCAAGAGGGCUGCCAUCAUUAGAAAGUUUGCCGCCCUUAUGGAUGAAAACAAACACAAGGUGAGUGAGGUAUGUGGCAACAGCCCUAGCCAAGUGAUCGACAGGUUACUAACAUUCUCCCCCGAAGCAUACGAUAUCACCAACUACUUUGCCGGCCUCGUUGAGAUCGCGGACGGAGAGACUUCAUUGAACUCGCCAGACUCCCUUAAUAUCUCCAUGCGACAGCCGUUUGGAGUAGUCGCUUCCAUCACUCCCUGGAACUUUCCCACAAUGAUCUGGUGCCAUCAUGUUGUACCUGCCUCUGGAGCUGGAAAUGCAGUUAUAUUGAAGACAUCGGAAAAGGCCCCUCUGAGUGAAGUUCUGCUCGCCCAGCUGGCAUAUCAAGCUGGGUUCCCCCCGGGAAUUAUCAAUGUCGUGUCUGGUCCCGGCCAAACUGGAGCUCUGCUUUCUGCUCAUAUGCGCCGUGCCAUUAUGCAGGCUGCUGCGAAGUCUAACCUGAAGACUGUCUCACUCGAGCUUGGGAGGAAGUCUCCAGUGUUGGCUUUUGAUGAUGCUAACUUAGAAGCGACGGCCGCGGCUUCUGUUAAGCCGAUUACCUUCAAUUCGGGCCAGGUUUGCACGGCAUCCUCUCGCCUUUACCUGGUCUCACAGCUUAUGUUGAACUUGCGCCUUAGGGACGCUCGGGCGUCGAGCACUCACAUGGGCCCUCAAGCAGAUAGCAAACAAGCGGCUGCCGUGGCAAGGUAUCUAGAAGCGGGACUGCAGGACGGUCAGGCUCUGAGCGAACUUAACAUGGAGGAGGUGUUUGGCCCUGUCUUGGUACUUCAUGAGUUUGAGACCGAAGAAGAAGCAGUCCGGCGUGCGUACGAUACUGAGUAUGGCGUAUAUGCUUCAGUCUUCACGAAAGAUGUCAGCAGGGCUUUGCGCGUGGUGCGUGCCCUUGAGGCUGGCAGGAACUGCACUUCGCCAGAUGGCACCUAUGAGCUACCAUUCGGGGGUUGGAAAGCAUCAGGCAUCAGGUCCCAGAAAGGUAGCUCUGAUAUUUUUGAAUUCACUCAGGGCAAAUCAGUAUAUAUCAAUCACUCUAUUUAG